CCGCAACCUCAUGGUUCCUAGUCAGAUUCGUUAACCACUGCGCCACGACGGGAACUCCUCAUUUAAAAUUUUAAUGUUAGUGGGAUCAUGUUUGGUGAGGUGGGCCACAGCUUACCUUCUUGUUUAGCGCUGUAGAGUGGCCGUUUCCCUCUGUCCGUGGUUGACCUUGACUAGCUGAGGGGAGCUGGGUGUCUCAGGCUCCACAGGAAUCUUCCAUGAGGGAAGACAGGCCUUGCAUUGUUGGAGCAGUUCUUGCGAUCCCCAAGCAGCUGCAUUGCAGCUGUCCCCAGCUUCCAUCUUGGCUUCCAGUCUGUCCCCCACGUCCCUCUUGCUAGGCCCCACGUACUGCAUCCUUCAUGUGCUCAGAGCCUCCCUGGACACCCACCUUCUGCUAGUUCCUGCCAGCACCUCUGCUUGGCUGCUGGUGAGGUCCUCUUGGUCACCGAGACCCUGGAUGUGCCCAUGCCCUGUCCCCAGGAGCAGUCCUCCUGCCUUGGCCGAGUCGACCUGAGUUCCUGAAAGCUUCCCUGCAGGAAGCUCUCCAUCACUGUUCCCCUAACCAGAUUCCCAGUGUGAGGCAUCCUCAUGAGGGCACAGGUGAGGAGGGUGUGGCUGGAGGUGUCCCCAGCCAGGUCGCCACCUGGCCAGGUUUGUGGACAGUUUCUCCCAUGGCGAGUGGUCUUGCAUGGCGUGAGUGGGUGGAGGGGUGUGGGUGGCCCAUGGCCCUGAUCGAGUUUGUAUGUGUCUCAGGAAGAGGGUGCAUGUGGCCCCAGUGAGGGCAGGGGAGGCCAGCUUCCCUAGGUCUUGCCAUGGCAGCGGGCCCAGCACCCAUUGACCAGGAGAAGCUCGUGAUCACCAAGAUGGGGGAGGAUGAGGCCGCCUGCUGUGACCCCAAACCGUUCUCCAAUCCUCGGCCCCGAACCCUGUCGCCUGGGCUUGGUAGGGACCCCUGGCAACGCCUCUGCAGCUUCCGCUUUGAGGAGGCAGUGGGUCCUAGGGAGGCCCUGAGCCGGCUUCGGGAGCUGUGCCGCCCGUGGCUGAGGCCCAAAGUGCACUCCAAGGAGCAGAUGCCGGAGCUGCUGGUGCUGGAGCACUUCCUGGGCGUGCUGCCGCCUGACAUCCGGGUCUGGGUGGCAUCCCAGGGCCCUGCAAGUGGCAAGGAGGCUGUGGCGCUGUUGGAAGACCUGGCUGAGAUGUCGCAGGAGGCUGUGUCCUCAUAGCUGGGAGGAGGCCUCGGAAGCCGUGACGUGACUGGAGACUUUUCUGGCCUCUGAGGCUCCCAGAGGCGUGAGCCUGAGGUUGGUGUGGCUUUUCCCCUCAGGGUGCACCGGACCGUGUUUCCCUUCCUCCUUCGUCUCAGGUUCGCUGAGCCCGUGCGUGUGCUGGGCCCUGGCGGGAGGGCAAGGGGAGAGGCAAGUCCUCGGCCUCUUGGAGUCCGGUCUGGUUGGAGAGUUGAGCAGAGAGACGGCCGCUCACACGAAGGGGGCCCCCCUUGCUCUGGAGCAGGUGGAGGCAGGAGGAGGGGGCACAGGUCAGCCUGGCCGGGGUGGCUUUGUGGUUCCUGCUGUGUGACAUUUUCACCCUGGGCUUCGAGGGGCAGGAGGGACGGUGGUUCCAGCCAUCUGUUCACGUGGGCGUGUGUUUACGCCUUUCCUCACACACGGGUUUAUGCCGUUCUUUCUGCCUGCUUGGCUGUUUGUAUCAAGACAGAAACCUUAGCACUUAAACAAAAGAUGGCUUUAUCAAGCUAUAACCUACAUAUCAAGACAUUGUCAAUUGGUGGCUUUUAGUCCAUCUGCAAAGUUGUACAGCCGUCACGCGUGUCUAAGACGGUCCUGUGCCCGAUAAGCCCCGUGCUCGUUAGCAGUCACUCCCCGUUCUUCCCUCCCCAGUCCCUUGGCAGCGCAGCCACUGAUCCCACAUUCUCAUUCUGAGCAUUUGAUUACACGGAGUCAUACGUAUGUGGCUUCUUACACCCGGCUUCCUUCGCUGAGUGUGACGUCUUCAGCGGCCAUCCGCGCUGUACGACGUCGGGAUCUCACUCGUUUUGAUGGUUAAAUACUAAUCCGUCCCGUGGGUCCCCCAACUUUCUGUUUAUUUCCUUACCAGGUAAUGGAUAUUUGGGUUGUUGGGUCCUCCUGGCUGUGGGUAGUGCUGGUGUGAAUUCCGUGACUCUAUCUGUGCAGGCAAAUGCUUUCAGAGUCUCUUUGGUUACAUGCUGAGGAGUGGAGUUGCUUUAUCUCAUGGUAAGUGAUUGGCCUUAGAAACUCACAGGAGGGGCUAGGAGAAGGGGCUGCCGCGGGUGGUGCUGGGGUCCCCCGGGGCACAUGAGGAGGCUGGUUCUGCACAUGUUGGAAAAGUUGCAGACUGGAUUCCGCUGCCCUGAGGAAAACCUUGAUAACGCAGGUCUGGUUUUCACCUAGGCGUGAGCGUGAGGUGCACCCGGUCCUCCCUGGGUGCCUGGCUGUAGUGCCGGACUCUCUUCUGAGCCCGUCGCCAGUGUUUUGAGAUUGGCUGUCUUCUGAACAGUGGCCAGCAUUUGCCUCCUUAGAGCAGGUCGGGGCUGGGGCGGCCCUGAAAUCAGAACACACAGGGCAGGAACAGAAACAUUCUUUUGCGGCGUCUGGAGAGAGUGAUGUGGGCCCAAAGCCGUCCCUGAAGAGGCCGCGGAGUGCCUGCCAGCGCCCAGGUGCCAAGCAGGACGUAAGGCCAUCAACCUGCAGGUGGAGCUGGAGGUGCUACAGUGCUUUGAAGCUGGAGAGAUGCUCAGCAGAAUCGGGAAGGCGCUGGGGCUCUCCACCUCCACCGUGGCCACCAUUUGUGACAAGGACAAGAUCUGAGCGAGUUUCCAGGCGGCCACCCCGCAGGCGGCCACCAAGCUGACGCACAGCCGCCGCCUGGCGAUGGAGAACACGGAGCGGCUGCUGAGCGUGUGGAUCGAGGACCAGAACCAGCGCAACACGCGGGGCAACAUGGUGCUUGUCCAGGAGAAGACCGCAGCCUGUUCGAGGAGCUCAGGCGGCAGCAGGGCGAGGGCGCCGAGUCGGAGACCUUCAGGCCUGCCAGGGCCGGUUCAAGGUACGCUUCCGGCUGCGCACCCUGGGGUGGGCCGACGAGGCGGUGCGUGCAGCCCCUGGGGCGCGUGCAGGUACUGUGGGCCGCGCAGGGUGAUCCAGGAGGGGGACUUCACGGCCCGCCAGGUGUUCAGCGUGGAGGAGACCCGGCUCUUCUGGAGGCGGCUGCUGGAUGGGACGGUGCCUUCCGCCCGGAGGAGCGCCCUGGGUUCACAGCCCCCCAAGAUCUACUGACUCUGCUGCUGGGCAGCAACGUGGCCGGUAGCUUGAAGCUGAAGCCGCUGCUGGUGUACCCGGUGGAGAACCUGCGCGCCCUCAGGGGCUUCUCCAAGCCCAGCCUGCCCCUGCUUGGCUCGCCCACAAGAAGGCGUGGGUCACGGUGAGCCUCUUCCCGGAGUGGUUCGUGCACUUCUUCCGCCCUGCGGUGGAGAGGUACUAUGCCUGGCACGGGCUCCCGCGUAAAGCGCAGCUUGUCCCGGACAGCGCUCCUGGCCGCCCUGGAAACCUGGACGACCUCUCCGACCACGUGGGCGUGGAGUCCCUGCCCAAGGAUACCACAGCCCUCAUCCAGCCCAUGACCCAGGACGUGGUCGCCACCUUUAAGGCCUGCCACCUGCGGAGGGUCUUCCGCCUCUUGGCCGCGAGGGCCGGGGGCACAGGCGAGCCGGGAGCGGCCCUGGACGUCUGGCGGGACUACUGCAUCCUUGACACCGCCCCGUACCUCUCCGUGUCCUGGGAGGGGUCCCGCCCUCGUCGCUGAACAGUGGUUGGAGGAGGCCGUGGCCCGAGCGCCUCCAGCACAGAGUCAGCGGCCCCCAGGUGGAAACCCUCCCACAGAUCUGGUGGGACAUCCAGGCGCUGGCGCACCAGGUGGGUUUCAGGGAGGUGGCGGAGGCAGAGGUGGCCGAGCUGCUGCAGAGCCGUGGCUCGGACUGGUCCAAGAGGAGCUGGAGGAGCCGGAGCCGACUGCCGAGGAGGAGGGCAAGGCCAGCCCCGCCACCGCCGCCAGCUCACGGCUGAGCACUUGGCCAGGGCCCUGGCACAUUUCGAUGCCCGCCUGCACAUCAUCAGGGACGACGCCUCCAAGCUGGAGUGCAGCCUCCAGGUCUGCCGGGGUGUGAACAACUUGAUGGGCUGCUGUGGGCGCAUUUCAAGGAGAAGCAAGGCCCCAAGUAGUGGGGUGGGAGGGGUGGGGAAGGAGGGGGCGUCCUCCCUCGCCAGCUCUCACUUGGAAGUGACACUGGUCUUCGUGUUUCCAUCUCAUUAACUCCUCAAAUGUCUUUUGUCAGCAAAUAAUUUAUUAUCUCCAGUGAUCUCAAAUACAUGGUUUUAGAAGCCUCGA